CUCCGCCGCCCUCCGCUCGCCCGCCGCGACUCUGCCUCCGCCAGGUGCGGCUCGCGCCGCGCAGGUAACAGCGCUGCCCGGAAACGGGAGGCGGAGCGCGGGCGCCUGGGUUCCCGGCUCUCCUCCCCGCGCCCAGCGCCGCGAGGGCGGGUCCUAGGGCCCGAGACGCGCCCCCUCGCGGGACAGUCCGAUCGGUCGGCCACCCCUCGGCUGCCCCUGCGCAGAAAGCCAGCGCGUCACCUGGAUUCCAGACCCCGGCCGGACCCCCGGACCAGCACAAGUCCCUCUCGGGUCCUGUUUCCCAGCGCCCCUGGCUUUCUCCACCUGGGCAGGCCAGGUUAUCGGCAUAGGUGGCCCCAAAUCUUUACACGCGUUGCUGUCCUUUUCUGCAGAAUAGAGAGUCAGGCAAGAAGUGGUUAAGUGAAAACAUUCUUGCAAAUCGGAGAACAUAAGUUUUCCA